AUGUUAAGCUUCACUUCACAACAAAUUCCCAUUAUUUGGCUUCUGCUACUAUUGCUGCUAUCUACAACAAUAUUUGAAAGGUGCAAUAGCACGCAGUUUGGUAAUUGUAAUGAGAAGGAUCGUUCUGCAUUGCUCAACUUCAAACAUGGUGUGGACAGUCCUUCCUCCAACAGGCUUUCCUCUUGGUCCAUCAAUGAAAAAGACUGUUGUUCAUGGAAAGGAGUUCAAUGUGACAACACCACUGGAAGUGUUACAUCACUUGAUCUUCACCAACAAUACUUGGAAGGUGAAAUCAACUUGCACUCUUUGUUUCAAAUUCAAUCUUUGAAUUACUUGGACUUGAGCUUGAAUGGCUUUACAACUCUAAGUAGUUUCAAUGAUUCAGAUGAUAAUAAUCACAACUUGUCUAAUAUUCAGUACCUAGACUUAUCCUUCAAUGAUGAUCUUCACUUGGAUAACCUUAACUGGCUUUCCAAAUUCUCUUCAUUGAAAUCUCUCAACCUCAGUCAAAUUAACCUUCAAAAUCAAUCAAACUGGUUUCACACCAUGGAUAUGCUGCAUGGAUCACUGUUAGAGCUGAGAUUGUCAAGUUGUCACUUGACCAAUAUCUUUCCAUCCAUUGAGCAUGUGAGUUUUACUAAAUCGCUUGUAACCCUUGAUCUCUCAGCAAACAAUUUUGACUCUGAAUUACCUGCUUGGCUGUUUGAUCUCGCCAGCGAUUCGAAUAUCUCUCAUAUUGACCUUAGCUUCAAUGUUUUACAAGGCCAAAUACCCGAGAGCUUGUUAAGUCUUAGAAAACUUGAAUUUUUAAGGCUGAGUAACAAUGAACUAAAUGGAUCUAUUCCAGAUUGGUUAGGGCAACAUCAAAAUUUAAAAUAUCUUAAUCUAGCCGAGAACUUGUUUCACGGUUCUAUCCCUCCAUCUCUUGGAAAUCUCUCUUCCUUGGUUGAUUUAAGUGUCGGCUCCAAUUUUCUGACGGGUAAUAUUCCACCCACCAUUGGAAAACUCUUUAAUUUGAAGAGUUUGUUCAUUGGUGGAAAUUCAUUGUCAGGUGUUCUAUCUGAAAAACAUUUCUCCAAUCUGUCUAACUUAGAAACACUUGUCUUGAGUGCACCUAUUUCAUUUGAUAUAGAUUCUAAAUGGAUUCCUCCAUUUCAAUUGCAAGGGAUAAGUUUAAGCAAUACAAUUCUAGGUCCUAAGUUUCCAGCAUGGAUAUACACACAAAAGUCACUACAAUAUCUCGAGGUUCCUAACUCUAGAUUAUUAUCCAUAGAUGGAGAUGCAUUUUGGAGAUUUGUAGCUAAUAUUACACAGCUUAACCUCUCUAACAACAACAUAAGUGCAGACUUAUCGAAUGUCACACUAAACUCGGAACUGAUAUUUAUGGAUCACAAUAACUUCAGAGGAGGGCUCCCAUAUAUAUCAGCAAAUGUCAUCUAUUUGGAUUUGUCACACAAUUCUUUCUUUGGAACCAUUUCCCCUCUGUUUUGCCGCAAAAUAGGUAGGGAAAACAGUUUGGAUUAUUUGGACAUUUCGUCCAAUCUUUUAACUGGAAAAAUUCCUGAUUGUUGGGAGUAUUGGAAGGGCUUAUCUUUCCUUUUCAUGGAGAGUAAUAUGGUGACCGGUGAACUUCCUCCAUCCAUGGACUCCUUUAUUGAUCUCAUAAUAUUGGAUUUGCAUAACAACAGCUUGUCUGGUAAUUUUUCAUUGGACCUGUCAAACUUAACAAAUUUGGAAUUCAUUCAUAUUGGAGAAAACAAUUUCUCUGGCACUGUACCGGUGAAGAUGCCUCAUGGUAUGGAAGUGAUGAUAUUAAGAUCCAACCAGUUUGAAGGUAACGUUCCACCAGAGUUGUGCAAUAUCUCUUCACUGAUACAAUUGGAUCUUUCACACAAUAAACUUUCAGGGCCUAUUCCCAAAUGCAUAAAUAAAAUCACUGGCAUGGGCGGAGAAAAGAAAACAAGUCAUUAUCCAUUUGAGUUCAAUUUGUAUGCAAAAGGGCAAGAGUUACAGUAUUUAGACUAUGGAUUGUUGAGAACUCUUGACCUUUCAGGUAACAAGUUAUCAGGUGAAAUUCCCACACAAGUUUUCAGUCUAGUUCAACUCCAGACAUUGAACUUGUCUCGAAAUCAUUUCACAGGAAAGAUAGCAAAAGAGGUUGGAGACAUGAAAAACUUGGAAUCUCUUGAUCUGUCCAACAAUGAACUUAUUGGAGAAAUUCCUGCGACCAUUUCAACUUUAUCUUUCUUGAGCUUCUUGAAUCUGUCAAACAAUAACCUUGUUGGACAAAUCCCAGUUGGCACCCAGCUUCUAACUUUUGAUGUUUCCUGCUAUGAUGGGAAUCCAGGACUCUGUGGAGCUCCCCUACCAUUAUGUUCCAACGAGCCAAACCCACCUGGAGAACACAAUGAUAUUGACAAGGAGAAUUCUUUUACUCAAUCACUCUACUUUGGAAUGGGUGUGGGAUUUGCCGUUGGUUUAUGGAGCAUUUUUGGUUCUCUAUACCUCAACAGGGCUUGGAGGCACACUUAUUUUCGGUUCAUUAAUCAUGUUUUGGGGUCUCCCGGCUGA